CGCGAUGGCGGCGGCGACACGACGACGAUGGAAAUCGGAAGCCGAAUAGUGACAAAGAUAAAGCACCGGACGCAGACGAGUCCGACGCGGCAAAGGCGGUGGCCGGGGUCUUCCAAACAAGAGUCUACGGCUUCGCUGCGACCACAAUCCGCCAAGUUACACGCGAAAUUCCUCGAUCUUACAUUACGUCCUGAGAAGAAGAAGCGUGGACGGCCAACAACAGCAAAACAUCGCGAAGUCAAGUUCUCGCCUGAGUACCCAAAGCGAGGCCAGCUCUAUAACGACGCCAUUUUGCAGCGUGAAGAAUGCCUCGCCACGAUUGUCCAAGGAUGCCAAGAAGGAGGAUGGAGGCCAGGAAAUGAUGGAAUUUCUCGUAUAUUGCCGCUCCUGGCUCCACUGCGGUUGCUUUCCCUGGCGGUCGUUGAGAGCAUCUUGCGAUGGAAGGUCGCGGCGGACAACCGGGCGUUUUUGUGGGAUGGCGCGAGUUAUUUGCACAAGAUGACGUCCGACACGAACGUGUUGGACCCGUUUUUGUCGUUGGAGUUGGGGUUUCCCAUGCGCCGCAACCCGUUUAUGUCGUCGAUGGCUUUGGAUACCCCCCAAUUGACAUUGCUCGUGUGUUGUCCGCACAAACAACAACGAACAGACGACGUGGUCCAGUGCAUUGCCCGACGCCUGCAUUUUGGCACCCUCGAGCCGGGCGACAUGGCGUUGAAUACGCGGGUGAUUUCUGCCAUGGUCGCCAUCGUCAAAGAAGACAUGGAGACCCAACUCGACCAAGAAGUAAUGUUGGGGCAAACUCAACACAAAGCGUCUCUUGAUUUGGACAUGUCCACAAUCUCAUUCGAACCCGACCCAGAAGCCACGGUCGCCACAAUUCCUACCUUGAAGCAACAACAACAGCAGCAGCAGCGACAGCCCAAGUUGUCGGCCGUGUACUCGCCGCGGGACCCACGGAACGACUCUGCUACGAAUACGUCCAAAAAUAGUAGCAGCUUCCGAAAGCUACUCCAUCCCGUGCCCACAACGAAUGAAACUCUAGGACGUGGCACGAGUGACGACGACGACGACGUGCACAACGACCUGCAGCGCAUUUUCUCCUUGUGCAACGACGUGUCCACAGCCGCAAGUCAAUUGAAACGUCAGCUGCAUGUUCUGGACACGGCCACCAAGAUGGAUGCGCCGUCCGCCACAAUCUUCUGCGCUCUAGAACCGAUUCCGUCGUAUGCUACAUCUCCACUUGCGACGCCCCUACGUAGAAGGGACCUGGCCUCGCCCUCAUCGCCUAUCCAGUCAACGCCCAGUCCCGAUAUCAUUAGUGCCAACGACGACAAGCUGACGUCGUACAUUGAAUCGUUGUCGACUCGCAUCGACCGCUUGCGAGCGUUUGACGUAGAGGCAGCUACAGACGACGACUACAAGAGCCUAGCCAUACCAUCUCCAGUGAGGUCCCCCCAUGACGACGGCACCGUCCAGUCACCCUUGUCGUCCACGUCGCUGGCGUCCCCGAUCUUUCCGAAGGCUGCGUCAUUGGCGCGCCACCAACCCUAUCGUUUUGCUUCCCUUGACAAGGUUGAAUCAACUCCAAAACCAACGAAAACGUUAUUGCAACGAACGUUGGCCAAACACAGCAACACCAUUUGCGCAGAAGUACCAAGCAGUCGCAGCCCACAACCCAUACCUUUAACACCGACAAACCAGCGCACAACGCUCGUCCGCAAUACUUCCAACUCGAAACGAGCCCCUCUCACAACAACGAUGACACCAGCGUCGUCAUCGUCACGUAAGCUUGGAAAGGCCAUAUACGAUGCGGAUUCUGAUCCUAUCAAGCAAGCCAAGUCGACAGAAAAGGCCACGGGUGACACAUAUUCUCCCACCUCUCAAAGGCAACCACGCACCAAACAAAAAAACAGCGCGGGCAACACUCGUCCAUGUCAGCAUGUGCUGCCUGAUGACGCAAGUCCUCGUGAUUCUGCGUCGAGUAGUUUACCAACAGCCUCCACACCUCGAGAGGCCGAUUGGCAGCAGCACCGCCGUAAAAGCAGCGACCACCGCAUGCAUUGCGUGGCGCAACACCGGUCUGCCGUCCGAUUGCAAGCGUGGUGGCGUCAUGUUCGCUGGCGUCGGUCGCGGUACCAGCAUCGGCGACGCCGACAGUUUGCCGUUCAGACGAUUGAAAACACGUACCAGCGCCACCGCCGUCGUCGUCAAACGCGUCAACGAGAGGCGGCGGCCAGUGUCCUCCAACAGUGGGCGAUCCGUCGCACAGCUUUGAGACGGGACUGGCGCGCUCUCUGUCACACCAAACGACGAGCGGUCGCAGGUCGAUCCAUUCAACGGUCAUGGCGAUCUUAUCGAACCAAGUGCCCCUGUCUCGACGACGAGGCGCACACGACGUCUGGUGCGGGGCUUGACAUCCUCACAUUGGUACAAUCCGUCCUCCUGGAAUCGAUUCUGGACCGCGUUUGGAUAUGCAUCGGCGUCAGGUCCACGGCGGCGGCUACGAUUCAAAGCCAGUAUUGGACAUUUCAGUUUAACCAGCAGCAAGCGUCGGUAUUGCAACGCCACCAUACCCCCGUGAUUGGCGUGGCUGCAAUUCCAACGACUGGACACGAGCGUUGUUCGUCUACCAUCCCUGGCAGCAAUCGGGGUUUCAUACCUCCAUUGCAAACCAAGUCCCAGCGGGAUCUACAAGAUCAGUAUGCCGACGAAGGCUUCGAGUCGGAAGGAAGCGCGCGAUGCGACACGUCGUCCACUACUCCACAUGACACCAGACACGAUGCAGCAACCAACGCUGUCCAUACCGAUGUCAAACUGAUGGUGAUGCCGUACUUUAUCCUGUGGAUGACCAACCGACUGCGAUGUGUGCAAUAUCGCGAUUUGGAACGUCGGGCCAAGCGAGAGCGCGUGCGGUUGGCAUACACGACGUGGCACGACCAGAGUCGUCGCAUCGUUCGUGUCCGCACGGCGUUUUGCGGAUGGCGCGACCAAGCCCAGUUUGAAAAAGACAAGCGAGUGCAAACCCGGGCCGAGUUUGCCCAAUCGGCCAAGGCGUGGAAGCAGUUGCAGCGGGGGAAGCAUCCGUCGUCUUAA